AUGUUUGCCGCGACGCGGAGCCUCGCGCUUCUCCUCCUCGGCCUGUCCGUCGGCGCUGCGGCGGCAGAGGAGGAGAACCCAUUCAAGGAGGACGGCGACAAGGGCGGCAGCCAGUGCUACGAGUGGGCGGCCGACGGGCAGUGCAAGUCCAACCCGGGGUACAUGCAUGACUCGUGCAAGUACUCGUGCUGGGAGUUCGAGCACCGGCGAAAGGCGUACCCGGACGCGCCGAUCGACAAGAACUUUCACUGCCACAACUGGGCCGCCAAGGGCGAGUGCCUUUCCAACCGCGCCUUCAUGGCCACCACCUGCCCCGAGUCGUGCAAGGACAAGUACGAGGACGAGAAAGACGAGCCGCCGUCCAAGCCGCCGGCGCGCACCGCUCACCGCGCCCUGGCCGGACCGCCGCCCGGCCACCGGGAGGACGGGCGCCACCACCCGAGAUGCAUCGCGUCGCCAGUGCUCCGUGCAGCUGUCCUGUAGCCGCCGAGCCGUCCCUGAGCCGUCCCUCGCUCUCCCGCAGACGAGCCCUCAAAAGAAGAAGAAGAGGAAAAAGAAGAAGAAGGGCGAGCCGAAGGAGGAACUCUAGCGCAGGGGCGCCCCAUCCAUCGACGCCACAUGCGCUCAGUAGGUCCCAUCUCUCUCUCCCUCUCUCUCUCUCUCUCUCUCGCUCGCUCGCUCGCUCGCUCUCUCUCUCUCUCUCUCUCUCUCUCUCUCUCUCUCUCUCUCUCUCCCUCCCUCCCUCCCUCUCUCUCUCCGCUGACUCCCACUCCCAAUCUACACCAACUUCUCUCUCUUACACGCCAAUUUGUUGGCCUCGUUCUCUCCCACCCGCGAUUUCCCGCGAGAG